UCCUUUAAAAUUCCUUUCUUCCUUCCUCGUCUUCUUCAGUUUCCUCAAAAAAUCCGAACCCGUUAACAAUGCAUCGAAGACCGAACCCGACCAACAAAAAGCUCACCCCUUCCUCCUCCUCGGCCGCCGCCGCCGUUUUAUGGCGGUGGCGGCGACGGCGAUCACUCAAACACCCGCUUUCUCCGCGAGCUGGAAACCCUAACAAGAGCCCUAGCCCUCGACCCAAACCCUAAAACCCGCCGCUUCUCCCUCCCUUCAAACCCUAGCCCUAAACCUGAACCCAAACCCAAACCCUCAUCCACAUGGAGCUGGAAGAACCCUUGAAAGCCCUAACCCACCUCCGCACCCUCGCCGCUUCGAUUGCACCUUCACCCUCAGAGUUCACUCCAUCGGAUCCCUCCCCCAACCCUCUCAGCUCCGCCUUCAUCGUCCACUGGCGCCGGGCUUCGGAUUCCUCAGGCGCCAAAACCCGACCCGCUAAGGCAUUCCACGGCUCCGCCGAGUUCGAGGAAACCCUCUCCUGCCGAUGCUCAGUACGGCGGUGGGGCCCACGCACGGCGAGGUAUGAACCCAGGCAAUUCUUGAUAUACGUUACCUUAGCGGGGGCCACAGGGUUCGAUUUUGGAAAGCAUAGGGUUGAGCUGACGAGCAUCCUACCGGUGACAAUGGAGGAAUUGGAGGGGGAGAGGAGUUCUGGUGAGUGGAGCACGAGCUUUAGGUUGGCGGGAAGAGCUAGAGGAGCUUUGUUGAAUGUGAGUUUCGGGUAUUCGAUUGGGAAUGGAGAUGGGUUUAAAUUUAAAAGGUGUGGUAGUGUCAAAGGAGUGAGCUUUAGCGGGGGAGAGAGGGUGAUGCUUAGAGAGGUUAUUAAGCAGGAGUUGGAUGUUGGGGGUUUGAAGAGUGGGAGUGAAGGUUCUGGUACUAAGUGUUGCACAUUGAUGGAGCCUGUGAAGGAGAAUGAGGAGGAGGACCCAGAGUUUACUGUGAUCGAACAAGGAGUUGAAAUUGAGGCUGGGGAUCGGGCUGAUGAACUUAAGUUGGAAAAUGUUGAGGUUGAGAGGGGCAGUGAGGGAAUUUCGCUGCUGAUUGAUGAGCUUCAUCAAGAGUCUGAAAAGGAAACUUUUUUGCCAAAAGAUUUGGAUAUGGAAAAGAUCAAUUUUCCAAUACUUGAAUUGGAGGGAUUGGAAUCACCAAAAUUUGAGAAGAUUUGCACAGGAGAUGUACGCUCUGUGAACUGCGAGGAUAUAUUGGAAAAUGUUGAGCCUGAGAGAGAGAAUGAGGGAGAUAAUGCUGUUGAUCAAGAACCCAAGAAGGAAAAUUUCCCAUUGAGAGAUUUGCUGCGGAAAGAUUUGUACUUGAAGGAUAACAGUCUUCCAAUUCUUGAGUUGGAGGGAUUUGAAUCACCAAGAGUUGAAUUUGAGAAGAUUAGAUCGAAAAAUGUACUUGAAUUGAUCGGAUUGGAAUCUCCAAUAAUUGAAUUUGAGCAGAUUAAAUCGAAAGAUUUUGACUCGGAAGGAUGGGGGUCUCCAAACUUUGAUUUUGAGCAUAUUAAGUCAAAUUUCAAAGCAAAGGGCAUUAGGAGCAAAUCCCUUAGCAUGGAUGAUGAGUCUGUUGCUAAUGAGUUCUUGAGCAUGCUUGGUUUAGAGACUAGCUCUGCUAGUGAUCCUGAAUCUCCAAGGGAGCAACUCUGGAAACAAUUUCAGAAGGAAAAUUUGAACGCUGAUGACAUCAUAUUUGGUCCUGAAAUUCAUGGUGACAUCUCAGAAUUUGAUAUGGAGCAAGAGAAAGAAUGUCUUAUGAUGAAUGGUAAGUCGAGGGCCAAAAUGUUGGAGGAUGCAGAAACUGAAGCUUUAAUGCGUGAAUGGGGUUUGAAUGAGAAAGUCUUUGCUAGCUCUCAGCCUGUGAGCAAUGCUUUUGGCAGUCCUAUUCAUCUUCCUCUUGAAGAGCCGCUCAACCCGCCACCUCUUGAUGAGAACUUGGGUCCAUAUCUCCAGACCAAAGAUGGUGGAUUCUUGAGGUCAAUGAACCCAUCCCUCUUCAAAGGUUCGAAGAACAGCGGGAGCUUGGUGAUGCAGGCCUCGAGGCCUGUUGUAAUGCCUGCAGAAAUGGGCUCUGACAUUAUGGAAAUAUUGCAAGGGUUGGCCUCUGUUGGAAUUGAGAAGUUAUCAAUGCAAGCUAGUAAGCUCAUGCCUUUGGAAGAUAUUACUGGCAAGACAAUUCAACAUGUAGCACGGGAAGCUGCACCAUGUCUAGAGUCCUGUGGAAGGACUGAUUUGUUGCCGCAUCUAAACUUUGAAGUUGAAUCUUUGGCUGCCCAGAAAGCCUCUGAUAGGACUAGAAAGCAUAAAGUCUCAAAAGGGGGAUCAUCUAGAAAUGGGGAUUUUGAGUCUGAAUACGUUUUGCUCAAAGAUCUUGCUCCAUUAGCAAUGGAUAAAAUAGAAGCUCUGUCCAUUGAGGGGCUGAGGAUACAGUCUGGCAUGUCCGAUGAGGAGGCACCUUCUAAUAUCAGCCCACAAUCUAUCGGUGAGAUAUCAACGUUGGAGGGUAGAGGACUGAAGAACAGCAUGACUCUAGGCUUAGAAGGAGCUGCUGGUUUGCAGCUUUUGGAUGUUAAAGAUAAUGGGGGAGAUGUUGAUGGCGUGAUGAGUUUAUCAAUAACCCUUGAUGAGUGGAUGAGGCUAGAUUCUGGAGACGUUGAUGAAGAGGAUGAAAUCAGUGAGAGGACAACGAGAGUUCUUGCAGCACAUCAUGCUAAAUCAACUGAGUUUCUCAGGGCAGAUAAAAGAGGGGGGAAGAACUCAGGUAAAAGAUGUGGUUUGUUAGGGAAUAAUUUCACAGUGGCACUAAUGGUGCAGCUUCGAGAUCCUUUACGUGACUAUGAACCAGUUGGAACCCCGAUGCUUGCUCUAAUUCAAGUGGAACGAGUGUUUAUCCCUCCCAAACCUAAAAUAUACAGCACAGUUUCAGAAAGAGGAAAUAGUGAACUGGAUGAUGAAGUAGACAUUAAACAUGAACUGGUGACAAAGGAGGAGAAGAAAGUGCAAGAAGAUGCCAUUCCUAAGUUCAAAAUCACUGAAGUACAUGUUGCGGGUUUGAUGACUGAAAGUUUGAAGAAAAAACUAUGGGGUAAUGCUGUUCAGCAGCAAUCUGGCUCUCGAUGGUUGCUUGCAAAUGGAAUGGGAAAGAAUAAAAAGCAUCCAUUUAUGAAGUCCAAUCUUGUUACAAAGCCGUCUCAAGUGACUACAAAAGUACAACCUGGAGAUACUCUUUGGAGCAUUUCUUCGCGAAUCCAUGGCACUGGGGAGAAAUGGAAAGAGAUAGCAGCACUGAACCCUCACAUAAGAAAUCCUAAUGUUAUUUUUCCCAAUGAGACUAUCAGAUUGCAUGGAAUAACUACAUCCUGAUCCUGACUCCUUUUAUAGUGCAACAAUGAGAGGGAGCCGGACCAGCUUUUGCUCAUAAGUUAUCACUUGACAUGCUUCCAUGAGCAGUUUACAGAGAGAAUUGAUGGCAAAAGAGGGACUUUUUGUGCAUUAAUUUGUUCACCUUGUAGUUCAUCCAGCCGCAAGGUCUAAAGUUUUUUCUUUAAUUUGGAAUAUAUCUUACAAAGUUGAAAGCUGAGAAGAUUUAUUAUAAAGAUCCGUUUGUAUCAAACUGCAGAUGGGUGUGUUAUAGGUAUAUAUUAUGGUGGUUCUUGUUCCAUCUGCCUGGUAUGUUAUGCUUACAUCUCCUAGAUGUUGUUGAACUCUAAGCCUUAUCUAUGUGGUUUAGAUGAUGAAUCAAUAUAGGCGUUCUUCCUGUGGAGUUGAAAGA